GUGAAAGGAAAGCAAGUACUAUGCAUGUCUAUAUAUAGCAUGAAGGAGAGGCUAUAUGGAAUAAUUCUAACGGGAUUUCCUUCUCCCCUCCACUCAUCCAAUUUGUCUGAAUAUUAGGCGUAAAAUUUGGGGUAAAUUUUUGGGAUUUAUUUGGAACGAAAAUUCUUUUUUUCUUUACUACCAAAAACGAAAAAAAAAGAAGAGCUCCGCUGUUAUAUAUAGGAGUAUUUUUUAACGCGGUUAUUGGAGAGUGAAAAUCGCAUAUCAGAUUUUAGAGAGAGAGAGAGAGAGAAAGGAGAAAGAGAGAUGGGGAACUGUAUGUCGGAUGUGAAAGGAGGGAAGCAGGCUAUAGUAGGAGUGGGCCACCAUAUGGACCCAGCAGCCGCCGCUGCUGUUGGUGGUGCUGGUGGUGGUGGAGGGCCCAAUGAUGUUGUUGACUUGUUCUGUAGGACAAACGGACUUCACGCCCUUUACACGCCAAUCGAGUUAUCAUUAUCGGCUUCAAAGCUACGUGAUCUUGAUAUUGUUUCUAAGAGUGUUCCAAUGGCAGUAGUAUGCGUUAGAAAAAGAGAUGGGACACUGGAAGAGCUUGGUCGAACAGAAGUUAUAAUGAACAAUUUGGACGCCGUAUGGAUACAGAAAAUUCAUAUCAUGUACCAGUUUGAGACUGUGCAGACACUGAUUUUCCAUGUCUAUGAUAUAGACACAAAAUAUCAUAAUUUACCAGUUAAGGACCUGAAAUUAAAGGACCAAGAUUUCCUUGGUGAAGGCAGUUGUGUUCUCUCAGAGAUUGUGACCAAGCGCAACCGAAGUAUAACACUGAAUCUGCACAACAGGGAUGGUCAUGGCCUGAAAAACUUAGGGAAACUUACUGUUCUUGCAGAAGAAACAGUCACUUCAAGAACUGCAGUGGAGAUGACAUUGCGAUGUACCAACCUGGAAAACAAGGAUUUAUUCUCAAAAAGUGAUCCUUUUUUGAGAAUAUCUAGGAUUGUCGAAACUGGAGGUUCUGUUCCAAUUUGCAAGACAGAGGUCGUAAAUGAUAACUUAUAUCCCAUAUGGAAGCCUGUCUGUCUAACUAUGCAACAAUUUGUGAAUAAGGAUAAUCCACUAGUUAUAGAGUGCUUUGAUUUUAACAGCAGUGGCAACCAUGUCCUCAUCGGGAAAUUACAAAAGACAGUGGCAGACCUUGAAAAUAUGCAUAAGAGCAGAGUUGGUGCAAAUUUUAUUUCACCACCUUCUGGUUUUCGGGGUAAUGAAAAGGUCCUGAAAGGUCAACUUUUUGUUGAAGGAUAUGCUGAGAAGCAACUCUAUAGUUUUCUUGACUACAUUUCUAGUGGAUUUGAGCUUAGCUUUAUGGUUGCCGUGGAUUUUACUGCUUCUAAUGGAAAUCCUCGCGAUCCUCAUUCCUUGCAUUAUAUUGAUCCUUCUGGCUGUUUGAAUGCUUACUAGAGGGCUAUUAUGGAGGUUGGAGAUGUCAUACAAUUUUAUGAUUCUGAUAAACGCUUUCCUGCUUGGGGCUUUGGUGGCAGGGCAUAUAGUGGAACAGUAUCUCACUGUUUCAACUUAGCUGGAAGCCCAGGUGCCUUUGAGGUGGACGGUGUGGGAGGUAUCAUGGCUGCUUAUGCAAGUGCUUUGCAGAAUUUUACUCUUUCUGGACCCACAUUAUUCGGACAUGUAGUUAACAAGGCUGCAGAAAUUGCUGCUGAGUCCCUCAAGUACAACCAGAGGAAAUACUUUGUCCUCCUCAUUAUAACGGAUGGUGUCCUUACUGAUAUGCAAGAAACAAAAGAUGCUCUAGUCAGGGCAUCUGACCUGCCACUUUCAAUUCUUAUUGUAGGAGUUGGAAGUGCAGAUUUUACACAGAUGGAGAUCCUUGAUGCUGACAAUGGACAUCGAUUAGAGAGUUCCAUUGGAAGGGUAGCUACACGAGACAUUGUUCAAUUUGUUCCAAUGCGAGAAGUACAUAGUGGACAAAUUUCAGUUGUUCAAGCACUUCUAGAGGAGCUACCUGGGCAGUUUCUAGCGUACAUGCGUUGUAGGAAUAUUAGACCUCAUAACAUUGCUGCUGCCCAAACAUCUUCUCCAGGACAUCCUAUGCGGCUUGAGUAAGAAGAAGGAUUUCUCAUAGGCCAUCAAAAUCAAUGUAUGAUUCCAGAAGAGAGUGUCUGCUGGGAAGGUUGAAGACUAAUUUUUCCUUCUACAGAACGAAUUGUAUAUGCUUCAAAACUAGUUUUGCACAUAUGUAAAUACAUAGGUUUUGGUUAGAGCGAAGUAGCUCAUAGGUGUGACAUUUAUGAUUGAUUUA